AUGGACCACGGUAGCGAGGAGAUGGCUGAAUGCCAGAUGUCGAUGUUGUGGAACUGGAACACCGUCGACUCUUGCUUCAUUGCCUCGUCUUGGCAAGUCACGAACAACGGCAUGAUGGCCGCAUCAUGCAUCGGUGUUGGUCUCCUGGUCGUCGUCCUCGAAGUUCUUCGCUUGAUGGCCAAGAAGUUCGAUCUCCACAUCGCCCACGCCAUGCGUCGUCAUGUCACUGUUCUCUCAAAAUCACAACGUCUGGUUUCCGAGAAGAACACUUCUCUUCCUACCGAUAUAGUCAUACGAGCAUCGCCUCUUCAACAGAUUGUGCGAGCUGUCCUCUACGCUGUCACCUUUGGCGUAGCUUAUUUCGUUAUGUUACUCGCCAUGUCUUUCAACGGUUACAUCAUCAUCUCUAUUAUUAUCGGUGCUGGUCUUGGUAAAUUCGUCACUGAUUGGCCAACUCUUACUAUUGGAGAGCACGGCGAGGGCACGAAAACAACAACAGAGAAUCAGGAGACAACAUUUUGUUGCCAGUAA